AUGUAUGCUGUAUGUCGUCGUGAGGAUAGAGAUGCUCUGGACGUCAUCACGGGUACGUUUUUAAUCCUUACUGUAACUUAUGUUGCACUGAUAGACAUAGGCUCUACACAUUCCUACGUUGCAUGUUCUAUGUCUGAGACUUUUGGAAUACCGUAUGAGAGAAGUUCUAGUGAUAUUUUAGUGGUCAGUCUUUUGGGGCAGUCUAUUAGGGUUAGUAAACUGUUCAAGGACCUUCCGUUGGAAGUCCAAGAAGCGAUAUUUCUGGCUGAUCUGAUAGAACUUCUGUUUGGGGAGUUCGACUUGAUUUUGGGUAUAGACUGGCUGGUGAAGCAUCAUGUAAAUCUAGAUUAUGUUGAAAAGUGGGUGGUUCUGAGGACCGAUGAGGAUAAUGAGAUAGUUGUGGUUGGAGAAUGA